GCGGCGGCGCGACGUGUCGCUGCGAUGGCCGCCGCCGCUGCCGGCCGGGCCCGCGCACCGAGGCGUUCGCGGCGGGGCGUGCGGUGACAGAUGUAUUUGAAGAGGCCGGCGGGCGGCCUCGCCUUCUGCCUCUUCUACCUGGCGUCCUGCUUCACCAACAAGUAUGUCCUGUCUGUCCUGAAAUUUACCUACCCUACCCUUUUUCAAGGGUGGCAGACAUUAGUGGGUGGACUUCUGCUUCAUGUCUCCUGGAAGCUGGGCUGGGUGGAGAUAAAUUUGUGUUCGAGGUCUGAAAUCCUGUCAUGGCUUCCUGCUUCAAUACUGUUUGUUGGCAUUAUUUAUGCUGGCUCUAGGGCACUGUCUAGAUUGCCAAUCCCGGUGUUCCUCACUGUUCACAACGCAGCAGAAGUUAUAACCUGUGGGUUCCAGAAGUUUGUGCAGAAAGAGCAGACCUCUCAUCUGAAAGUCUGUAGUGUGCUGUUCCUCCUGGUAGCAGCAGUGUGCCUUCCUUUGUGUGACACACAGUUUGAUCCAAACGGUUAUUUAUGGGCUCUAAUUCACUUGAUCUGUGUUGGGGCUUACAAAGUAUUUCACAAGUUAUGGAAACCUAGCUCUUUAAGUGAUCUGGACCAACAGUACAUCAACUAUGUAUUCAGUGUGGUGCUGUUGGCUUCUGCAUCCCAUCCAGCAGGUGAUCUCUUCAGUGCCUUGGACUUUCCAUUCCUGUACUUCUACAGGUUUCAUAGCAGCUGCUGCGCCAGUGGACUGUUGGGAUUCUUUCUGAUGUUGCACACAGUGAAGCUAAAAAGCAGCACAACCUCAGGGCAAUAUGCAGCAUGGAGUUUCCUUGCAAAGCAGGGCUCAGCCCUCUGAAGCAGAAGAAUGAAGAUCUUAUCAAUUACUCCUCUCCUGUCUUUCCCUGGGAUGUCGCUGCCUGCCUGCCUGCCCACUCCUUGGUUUUGUUGCCAGAGGAUCAUCAGCAAGUUGGGUGCUUCUGACACACAGAUAUGCUGGGAGUUUUAUGUGUUAUUAACAGGGUUCCUCUUAGUACUGCUAUAAGAGGACGACUGAAACAAGCCACAUAUAAUUUAGACCAGUGCCAUCUGCUACUCAAAGUGCAGAAACACUGGUCCCUGCUGCUCUUACUUACAUAGUCAAGAGACUCUAAGCACAUAAAGGUUACCUGCUAUUAAAUCCAAAGAUGAUUUUAGUUACUACCAGUGUUUUUUCGUUGUCUUGGGCAAUUCUAGAAAGACUGAGCUCAGUGUUACUGUGCAAAGCUACACAACACCUUAUUUCAUGCUUCACUGCAAAACUAACCGCCUGUUGUUUGCUCUCCAUUACCAUGGAGCUCCUUAGUUUUAUCUUAAUUAUCUCCGUCAAAGUGAUCACGGGUUUUUCUGGCAGACUUGCCUUUGGCUCUCUCCAGGUAAUCAUCCUUCCCCGCACAGAGGAGGAUGCAAACAUGCAUGAACCUCGCGUGCAAGACAGAAUCCCCUUGGCAGCACAAAUGGCCCAGCAGAGGACAGAGGGCCUGACCAUCCUCUGGACUCAGCUGAAGGGCCGCACAGAAAUUAUGCUGGACAGCAAGUUUCAGUUGCUUUCACCUCUAACAAGCAGGUGCCAGCGUGACCCCAGCUCCAGGGGUGACUGCGCGGAGGGGGAGCGAGCCCCGGGCUCUGCCACACAGCAGCAGUAGCCCCCCGGGGUGCACCUUUCCCCACGGCCGCUCUGCAGGCACCGUCUGUUUUACCUGGGACUCCUCCAGGCCGUGGGAGAUUUGCCAGAAUUCAGCUAAAUUCUCUUUAGAAGGAGAAAGGCUCUUUUUAAAAAUUUUAUUUAAAGCAAAGCACUCAGAGGCUUGAGAAUAAGCAGACUGCUUAAAACUGAAAAUGGUAAGGAGGUACGGCUAUUUUUAAACAGAGAUUUGUCAAUUUUGUCCUGUUGAUAAGAAUCUCUCCCCCCUCCUCCCAAAUUCCGAAGACUGUUGCUUCCUGCGAGACAACAGUCUCUACGAUGUAAAUCACAAUAAUGAAAUCCAGAGGAAA